CCCUUGAGACUCACCAUGAUCUUUGACCUUUGUUCGUCACAGGUGAUGCGUGCAGGUGGAAACCAGCGACCUCUCACUCCAAGUCAAGGACAGCAGGGUCAGCAGACGGAGCAGCUCGUAGCGGCAGCAGCUGUGAACUCGGCAUUGGCUUUUGGGCAGGGUCUGGCAGCAGGUGUACCAGGUUAUCCAGUGUUGGCUCCUGCUGCAUAUUAUGACCAGACAGGUGCACUUGUGGUGAAUACAGGAGCUCGUGGAGGACCCGUUCGACUUAUGGCCCCCGCAUCAGUAAUCAUCAGCCCAUCAGCCGCAGUGGCUGCUGCCGCCGCUUCAGCAGGAGGGGCGAAUGCAGGUCUCGGUGGUGGAGCCAGCGGUGCGUUUCGUGCAUUGAGUUCCCAGCAGGCUCCUGGGCAGCAAGGGAGCGGGGCUUUGGGAGGAAGCUCUUUUUAUGGGAGCGGAUCUCCG